UUAAAGCCUUGGACAAAAGCUGUUUGUUUAUUACUGGGCCAUCUGAAAGCAACACACCCAACGCAUCAAGCUCACCUAAUCAUCCUGGGGGAUCUAUUUGCCACCUACUGCCUUACCCAUCCCAUGCUCUGUCUCUUCUGUGCUCAGAGAGACUACCUCAGCUCCACCACAGCGAGAGCAGCAAACCCAGCAUCAGAGUUCCAGCAGUGGCUGCAGCCCUGCCCAGUGCACCUAUCCAGCUGGGAGUAAUCUUCCACGGCCUCAGCCCGGUCUGCCUCUCCGCCUCCAGAAAGAGUUCCACACACCAGGCUUCAAGCUGUCGCUACGACUGCUUCCCGCAAUUGUUAUGGACAAUGAGGAUGAUGAUGAUAGCAACUUCACCAAGUGGAUGAGCAGCUACUGGGGACAUGGGGCUGGAGAGGAUCAGACCAAAGAGCAGAAGCGGAGUUUCAGGAGGCCCAGAAGCACUACAGUCGGCCGGCGGGCAUCGCUGCCCUGCAUGUCACAGCUGGAGCCUUUACAGCUAAAGCACCUCUGCACUGCCACCAUGCCCCCUACUCCCACCAACCUGAAGUCCUACGAGGAGAAAAAGAAGCACACACACCCUGUCUCAUCUGACCAAAACAGCUGGAUGAAAUGGGGAGGCAAAGCGGGUGGUAGCAGCAACGUCUCAGGGCUGCCUGAAGCCUUUGAGAUGCUGCACUUAUGCAAGCACAGAGUCAUGUCACUGAGUGAUGCAAAUAAUGUGUGUUUGAUCUGCCAUGAGAAACUGUGCAAUGAAAGAUCAACAAGAGGUGCCAAGAACCUCCACUACACCCAUCGCUUCCACAAAGAGGUGACGAGGCCAGGGCAGGAGGCCUGUCGUUGCUGUGUAAGCUCUUCUGCUAUCUGCGAGCAAAGGAAGGAAGUGCCAUUCUGCUCUGGACGGGAAGAAUACCGCCUGCCCCGGCUUCAACAGUCUCUUCGCCAACAGCGCUGAUGCAUCUCUGUGGGAAAAUCGAAGAUGCACACCAACAGUGCUGAUGCGUCUCCGUGGGAAAAUCGAAGAUGCAUAAAAACAUAUACAUUCCACAUUUACAUUCCAAUGAAAAUGAUGAGUCAUUACUUAAACAAAAUACUAAGAACAUUACUUUAAGCAUUUUUGAGCAGAAGGGUCUAGUACUAGUAAAGUUUAAUAUUGUAUAUUAUAAUUUUAGAUUAUUACAAUUAUAUAUAUAUAUAUAUAAUUUUUUUUUUUUUUUUUCCCCUUUCCCCUGAUUUGUAAGUAUCUUUCUUUGCAGGGUCAAGAAUUUUGUUCAAAUAUAUGAAAAACAAGUGACAGAAGUGACCAAAAAACAGAUUUAGUUUUAAACUAUAAGGUAACAAUUAUUUGGUAAAGUUUGUAUGUGAUUAUUUUUAUGGAUUAUUUCACAAAUAUUAUGUGAAAACAUGUUCAAUUAGUAGAUGCCUACUAGAUACAUUGCAAUAACAGCAGAAAUCCAUGGCUGUUCAAUUAAUUCAUGAUUUAAAUUAUACAACAAAAACAAAAUAUUGCCAAAAGAAUGCAUGUAAUCAGGGAUACAUGGAUAAGACAUUCAGUAUUUUAAAUGUUGGCUACUAUAUCACUGUUUGUUCAGAUGUCACUUAGGUUUGGAGAAGAUUACUGUCUCAUGAAGAACUUGUACAAUAUAUGAGAAGUCAGUCUACUUCUCAUAUAAUGCUUCUCCACUUAAAACAAAAGCAUGUGCUAGCAUUUUACCAUUGGCAUUUGGAAUGCAACCUUGGCUUUUUUGCAUGACCUUUAGUCAAGUCAAUUCAAGUUUUUUUUUGUCAUUUGCAUAAACAUACAAGAUAUUCAGGCAUUGAAAUGUUUGUAGUGAGACACAAGUAACUCCUCUGUAGCAGUAUCGGCAUUGACAUACAUAACUAAUAAUGAGAUGACAACAAUAUACUAAAUAUACACAAAAUAUACCUAAGGAGAAGCUUACUGUUAUUUGAAUAUAUUAGACAAGGACAAUCUGAGUAAAAAACUAUAUACUGUAUAUUAAUAGUGAAUAUGUGGAAAUAUUUAAGUAGUUGUGUGCUGUAAUAUAUUAAUAGUAGUAGUAAUAAAGUGCCACAGUGAACUGAUACUGGGAAGGA